CAAAACAUACCCGCCCAGUGUCCCCGGGAUGAGGAGAGGACGGGAGUUUCAACAGAAGAGAACAGGGAAAUGAAGUUGUCAGACAGGCCAGCCCAGCAACUCGCUCUCUACAACUAGGCAGCUAGCAAGUUAGGUGACAGACGGUCACGAGUAGAGAGAUUUACAUGAAAUAUCACAGAUAUGAAGGUCGACCGUUUGAGCAACUUGUAGCUACAUUUAAUACACGCUAGGCAGCUACAGCCACCGAUCUGAGAUAACACUACAGACAGUUCAGAGCAGCGCUACAGUGGAAAAGAAAGUGGAGACAACUUGCUAGCCUGGUAGCUAACCUUUAGCCACCGAGCCUCCUUCAGCUUCAGAACUACAGUUCACUCGAGACUUGGGCUUGGAUUACCAGUCUUCAGCUAUGCCUUUUUUUGGGAAGUCACAGAAGAGUCCGGCUGAAAUAGUAAGGAGCCUGAAGGAGAAUGUGGCAUAUAUGGAAAAGCUGGAUGCCGCAGACAGCAAAAAGUGUGAGAAGGUUGCAGAGGAGGCAUCCAAAAAUCUGGCUUCACUGAAGGAAAUACUCAGUGGAACAGGUGACAAAGAGCCUCAGACUGAAGCAGUGGCUCAGCUUGCACAGGAGCUGUACAACUCCAACCUCCUCAUUGCUCUCAUUGCAAACCUGCAACGGAUUGAUUUUGAGGGGAAGAAGGAUGUGGUUCAUUUGUUCAGCAACAUUGUGAGACGGCAGAUUGGCACUCGUACACCAACCGUAGAAUAUAUCUCUACACACCCACAGAUCCUCUUCAUGCUUUUGAAAGGAUAUGAGAGUGCAGAAGUAGCUCUGAACUGUGGAAUGAUGCUGAGAGAGUGCCUGCGUCACGAGCCUUUGGCCCGGACGGUGCUCUUCUCUGAGGAGUUCUACUACUUCUUCCGCUACGUGGAGCUCUCAACCUUUGACAUUGCCUCAGAUGCAUUUGCUUCUUUCAAGGAUCUCCUCACAAGACACAAGAUUAUGUGUGCAGAUUUCCUGGAGAACAAUUAUGACAGGGUCUUUACAGAAUACGAGAAGCUUCUGCAUUCCGACAACUACGUCACCAAACGACAGUCUUUGAAGCUCCUUGGGGAACUACUCUUGGAUAGACACAACUUCACUGUCAUGACAAAAUACAUCAGUCGGGCAGAGAACUUGAAGCUGAUGAUGAACAUGCUGAGAGACAACAGCCGUAACAUCCAGUUUGAAGCGUUCCAUGUCUUCAAGGUAUUCGUUGCAAACCCCAACAAGACUCAGCCAGUGCUGGACAUACUGCUGAAGAACCAGACCAAACUCGUGGAGUUCCUGAGCCACUUCCAGACGGACAGAGCAGAGGAUGAGCAGUUCUGUGAUGAGAAGAACUAUCUGAUAAAGCAGAUCCGGGACCUGAAAAGGCCCACAGCAGCGGAGGAUGCUUAGGUUCGGCGGGGACGACUGCUCUAUCAGGUGGUAGACAGUGUAGGUGGUGGCUGGAGCUGCAGAGGGCUAGGAGAGAGUCUCAAAGACGUGCUUCGUUAAGAUUUAAUAUUAACUACAAAAUAUAGGAAAAAAAGAUUUCUUCCGUCACUUACUGUUUUUUUUUUUUUUUUAGUGCGGAUGCGGAGGUGAUUUCCAUCCAGCAACUUGAGUGGGCCAAGAACUGUUAUUUAAACCAUAGUGCUUCUUCUUUAGUGAUAAUGAAAUGCAUUUAGUCUGUUUGUGUAAUGUUGGACCUUUAAACUGUUACCCUUCCACAUACUUUGUUGCUGGCAGAGACCGUAGAAUAACAGAAAAGUCGACCCAACAUAGCCAACGUUAGCUCUGAGAUGUUGUUAACAGUCUGUCAGAAACUUGUCUAUAUUUUAGAGAUUAAAAAGCUGAGGAAUAUAUUAUUUUUCUAAUGUACCUUCAUGGUAAACAGUUUAAAACAUACAGUAACUCUCCUCUCUGAACAUUGUUUAGCCUCACUAAUUGCAUAGCGUUGGUUUUUUGCCUUAUUGUGAACUGUUGUGUUAUACGGGGACUUCAAAUGAUCUUUAGAAAUCCGGCUUUGGCAGAGUGACAUCCGAUUGUAUUGGCUCGGUCAGCACAUAACGUUUUGGUGAUUAAUGUGUAGUUAUUAGGCCUUUGGCUGCGUGUGGGGUUACAGAGGUCAUGAAUGAUCCUGCAGUGCUGUACUCGCCCAAUGCAUUAGCUGGCACAGGAAGAGAAAAUCAAAACCAUAGAGGAAUCAAUUAAUUGUGCUGUGAUUUUGAGGCUGCGCUCAGUGAGGCUUCCAUGACUGAAAUAGAAACAAGGCAUCAGAUAAUGCUGCAGGGUACCAGCCUUCCAUUCACCGCUAGAACGGACAGCCAGGAUGUACAGAUUGAUCUCACUAGGAGCAGUCCAUUUCAUCCUCAAAUACUGAGCACAGACUGCAAGGAUUCAUUUUAAACAGUGAUUUAACCAACACUUAAUUCAUGAGGAUUUAAACUACUUGACGUAUGCCAUCUUGGGCAUUUCUCCUUACAAUGUUGCAGUUUACUCAGAGGUGUUGCCCAUAAGAUGCAUCAGAAGUAUGUGACACAGUGUAUCUGUUAUAUCCAUAUUGGCUUGAUUUAGAGAAUUCGGCUGUUUUAUUUGUCUGGAAAAUUUUAAAACUAAACUGAAUCAUCUUGAAGGAUAAGCUCACCCAAAAAAUUCACUUCAGUCUUUAACUACUGGUGGAAAGUCAGGUGACGUCUUGUAGUCCACAAAACAUUUCUAGAGCUUCACAACAAAUCUGCAUUGCAGCAGUCUCCUACACUACUGAAGUAGAUGUGAAGGAGAACAUUUCCACAAUCCAAGACUUCAGAAGCUCUGAGUUCCCAGACUGAUUCUAAAAGAUAUUAUUCACACCUUCAGUGCACGGUCAAGCUUGUCUACCCACUUCAGAAAGGAUGCGCACCAUCGCUUAUAGCAUAGCAGCAAUUGUGAAGAUUUGAGCUAAAAAAGGCUGUAAAUGAUGUAUUUUCAAAUUUAAUUUGGGAACUCUGAGCUUCAAGAGACUUGGAGUAAGCUGGAUGCUAAAACAAACACAGGAUUGUAAGUAAUAUGUUCUUGUCUUUGGUUCUGAUGCAAUUUUAAAAGAGCACACUGCAACAUGCCUGUGAUGCAUCAUAAAGCACACUCUAUCAGAUAAUACCCACAUGCACUGUGUAAACAAGAAUGAGUUUGUUUCGGAUGACUAGCACUGAAUUUAUUGAGUUCCUAACAUGCAUCACUGAUUAGUUGUACUUCUUUAAAAGACUUCGGUUGAAAUAAUUGCCUUACUUUUGCCAUUGUCACUGAAAUGGCUUUUUAGGGAUUUCAAGAAGUAUGUUGUCUGUCCACACAGUCUUCUAGUUAUAUACCUCAUGGGAUUUGAGUUUGCAAAUGCUGUGUUCUCUUUCCUUUCCUCUCUCUAAAAUAUUUUGUUUGACAGUUUAAAAUACACAACAGUGGUUUGUUUGAAUGCAUGCCGAAACUGGGUGUAUAUGUUCAAACUUGAACAGGGACUGCGACCUGGUUUUCACGAUGGAAAACUAGAUUUUUAAACUGAAAUAUUUCAUUGUGUGGUGCCACACAAAUGUUAAUUCAUAAUGAAUUGCAGUGUGGUACCUUGUAAUGAACGUUGCCUUAUUUAAAGACAUUUAAUGGAUCAUAAUGAUUAUUAUGUAAAAAAUUCCAGACCUCUUAAUUUGUUUUUAAACCAAAGUCAAUAUGAAUGAAAAGAGUGAAAAUGUACAUGUCAAGUCCCAAAUGCAUUACUAGAUAACUUCUCACACCUCCAUCUAGUGUAGUGUAGCUUUAUCACAGACUGCAUUGUGAUUCCAUCUCAAAGUUUCAGUGUCGAUCUAGAUUUUAACACAGAUCAACAAAAAAUGGUCAGUAGUUAUUCAGUUGUUGUUAAUUGGCAUUUUAAAAAAAAGCUGUUUGGUUCUCUGCACCAAGUAGUCACAAGACCAACAUCAGGCCUUUAUGUAACCAUUGAGUAAUUUGGUAAAUGUGCUGUGGUACACUAAAAUAACUGAAGUCCUGCGCACAGUGCACUGUCAUGUGCUCAGUUAAUGAAAGAAAGUUUGUCUCAACUCCUUUGUGGUUAUUUAUUGUGAAAACUAUACGAACACAUUGGACUGAGCCCACAUUGACGGUCGUCACUAUUCCUUCCUUCCUCCAUGAGCACCAACAAACGUGCAGCCGGCUGACAAACUGAGGUUACAUAACAGUCUCUCUUCUGUAUUAAUACCCAAGAUUACUAGACUGUUUUGUAACAAAAUGACAUCCAUUUUUAAAAGAAAUAAUCCAAAUGUGAUUUGGUUUCUAAAUGUGGAUACGAACUUUGUGGAAAUUUGAGUCCAGUCAUGACGUGCACUUUGAGAAGGACUUGCUGUACACAGUCAUUCCAGUGGAGGGCGCUGUUGGCAACCAUUGACACUUUAAAUUGGUUGCACAAGAAGCAUUUAAUGUCUCUAUGACCCUACCUCUAAUUAUGAUUAUAUAAAUAAAUCACUGGCAAUACUAUGUAGACAUUUACACAAAUUCCUUAAGAUCAGUAGUAUAUAUUUCAUGAUUUAGAGUUUUGUGUUUAAAUAUUUGUUGUGCUUUACUUUUUUACUCUGUUGCCUUUCUUUUUUUUUCCCCCUUCUCUUUCCACACUCUGGAUAUUUUCUUCAUUUACCAUGGGAGCGAAUAAUGUGUACAUAACUUUAUAAAGGAUAAAAGUGUGAAAGCAUACAUGAAAAUAAAAAUUUAUGGCAAUUUA